AUGGCUAUAACACAAGGUUUAGGUCGUGUCAUAGGUAGACUUGUAGGCAGAGAUAGACAUGAUGACCAUGAUGCAGCUGAUGUUCCCGAGAGGCGUAGGCCUAUUGCCUCAGCCCGUAGGCAACGGAUUCAUCAGAUGACUGCGGAUGCACGUGAUAUGGCUGAGGACGUUGCUGACAUGACUGACGAUGUCCCUGAUCUGGCUGCGGAGGCACCUGAGAUGCGUGCGGACGUACAGGGUGGUGAUGGUGCUGAGGGGUCAGAUGCUGAUGAUGCUGCUGAGGGAUUCCCUGGUGGGCCACGUGACCCUUCAGUGCUGGCAUCAUUUGCGGACCAUGUUGCACAUGCUAUUUGGAGUGGACAGAGGUGGCACGGUGAGACCAGCACCUUCCACCUUCCGGUAGGAGAGUUGACAAUCACAUUGGAUGAUGUGUCGUCACUCCUUCAUUUGCCCAUCACUGGCGCAUUGCACAGUUUUCAUGCUCUUUCUAUGGAAGAGGCCAGAUUUUUGCUGACAGGUUUGUUUGAGGUGUCUGCCGAGGAGGCUAGAGCCGAGGAGGCUAGAGCCGAGGAGGCUAGAGCCGAGACAGCACUAACACGUAGGGCAUAUGUACGACUAGGAUGGGUUCGAGACAUUUAUGAGACGAGAUGUCAGGUCCGGCAAUGGAUUGUAGCAGCUCAUGCUUAUCUGCUGCAACUGGUCGGUUGCACUCUUUUUGCUAAUAAGAGUGCAACAUACGUGCAUCUGGUUCACCUUGACGCUUUUCGGGACCUCGCUCAGAGUGGUGGUUAUGCUUGGGGAGUUGCGGCGCUGGUUCAUAUGUAUGACCAGUUAGAUGAGGCUUCUAGGACCACCACACGACAGCUUUGUUGGAUCUAUGAGCACUUCCCUACUGUGCACCAGUGCGUGAUAGAUGAUACAUACCAGGAGACGUCCCCACGUGCUUCCCGGUGGUUGACGUCGAAGACGCACAUGAACGGAAUCACUGGAGCACCUUACAGGGAACGUUGUGAUGCUUUGACCGUCACAGAUGUGUCCUGGUUGCCGUACACGGAGCAUCGGGGGGUCAGGGCCUUUGAGGUGAUUUCAUCAUUCCAGGGUCAGCUAAGAUGGGGUCCUAUGGUGGUCACAGCUCUACCAGAGAGGGUGGUACGGCAGUUUGGUUACAUCUAG